CAUACAACAGAAGUAACCGCAAACUGAGGUGCAUUUAAAAAUUACAUAUAUUUUCAAUUUGUGGUCUAUCUUCAUGCUCCUGGUCAUUUUUUAAAAAUGUCACUAUCGGCUGUAAAUCAUCGCUGGAUGCUUGUUUUGAAGACUUUUGCUAUUUUCUCUGUUAUUUUGCUUCAGAACCACUUUUGUAAAGUUUCUGGCACUAAGAAAAAUCACAGUAUCAAAAACAUACUUUUUCUCAGUGUGGAAGAAAUUGCAGUUGAUCCUCAUUUUCCAUCAGAUGUUGUCUUCAAAGAGGAAAACGGAACUCACCUUUGUUUUAACAUUCAGGCAAACCAGUCUAAUGCGGAUUGUUGUGGCAUUGAAGAUUUCAUCUGUUGCACCAAUAUAGUUCGUCUCAGUAACAACACUUACAGCCUGAAUGUCAGAAGAGAGAUUCUGCUCAAGCACGACAUUGUUGUGUUACUGAAGCCAAUGAGCAAUUUUUCAUGCAUGUUCUCACAGCUCCACAACUCAACAGAGUUCAUUCUCGAUCUUCAUAAUUGCUUGAAGCCAGGUGGCAGGAAUAUUAGAAUCACUCUGGAUCAUCUCUGCCAAAAUCAUUGUAAUGACACGCAGACUUGUGAAGAUAGUGUUAAGUACAUGAUCAAGUUUGGAUCUGAAAUAACACCCACUGUAAAAAUCGUAUCUUGUGAAACGUCAGACUCAGCUGGGAUUCAGCAGCCGCUGAAUCUAACUUUUCCGUACUCAAACAAUGACAUGACUCUACAGGAAGCAGCAACUAUUAUGAAUAAUUUCAGUUUCUACCAGGAUCAGAUGGGAGCUUUCAAUACAGCUUUCAUCAAAAUAGGCAAUGUCACUGGGGCAAUCACUAAACUGGAACCACAAGAUCAAUGCCAAUCUGCAUUCAACUUUGGCUUCACAGCAAGUGGGGAUGUCAAAAUUCUGAAGGAAAGGAACAAUAUGGAUAUGGACCUUGAUGUACAGAUUCAAUUCUCUAAUAAUGCCGGUGAAAUGACAGUAAAUAAAAAGAGCACGUACAUUGGAGUUCUACUUUUUCCAGGAAUGACCAAUGCUGACCAUGAUGGAUACCUUUUCAAUAAAAAAGUGCUGGGAAUUGAAGUGGGAGCAAAUAUAUACAAAUAUUUGCCAAGCAUCAACAUUCACUUCAACAAUGCAAACCUGAGUGGCACAAACAUGUCUUGCAUGUCAUGGGAUGGUAAAUGGGGUGAUCAAAUCUGGAGCACAAAUAACUGCAGAACAAAUCAGGUUAAUGGCAGCAUCACCUGCCGAUGCACCCAUAAGACAUUUUUUGCAAUUGGCAUGACAGUUCCACUUAAUAAGACGGAUACUUUUCCAUGGAUCAUACCAGAGAUAAGCCUUCAUGGCAACUUAAGCAGUCCUUUGGACCCAGCGCAAGCAGCGACAAUAAUGAAGACCUUAGACACAUAUUUUGCAAAAAUGAAUGAAUCCAAGACGGCAAAAAUACAAAUAGGCAACAUUACCGGAGUAAUUGCUAAGCUAGAAGAUAAUUCAACUGAAAUGAAUUUUGGUUUCACGUCAAAGGGAGAUACUGCUGGUGAAAGAAACAAGACAGAAAAUGGCUUUACGACAACAAUUCGCAUUCCUGCAGAAGCCAUUGCAAUGGCAAUUAAAAACGAAAGAAAAUAUGUUGGAGUUCUCCGUUUUCCAGAAAUGCCUAUGAAUAACACAAAUGGAGUUUAUAAUAAUGAAGUGAUUGGAAUUGAAAUGGGAGAGAACAUAAUUGGCCUGAAACAACCCGUCAAGAUCAAGUACAGUGAAAAGGGUGGAUCUGAAGCUGUUUGUGUAUCAUGGAAUGGUACCAAUGAAACAGACUGGAUCACUGUUGGUUGUGAAAUAAAGAUCGCUGGUGGAAUCACAUGUGAAUGCAGUCAUCUCACAUUCUAUACCUAUCGGAUGCUACGUUCUUCAAAAACAGCAUCAGGAAAAACACCUGAAAAAAUCCUAUCCUUUCCAGCUCCAGCCAAUCCACUGAACUCAGAUCAAGCAGCAAAUUUCAUGAGGAAUCUGAACGCCUACCUGGAACAGAUGGGCAAUGCCAGCACAGCAGCCAUUCAAAUGGGCAACAUUGCUGGGGUCAUUUCUAAACUGCCACAACAAAACCAGACAAACAUGGACUUUGGCUUCACAUCAGCUGGUGAUGUAAAGAUUCUCGAGGAAAGCAAUAACAUUGGUUUUGCUCGGACAGUUCACUUUCCAAAAGAAGCCAGUGAAAUGGCUGUAAAUAGAAAUGGAACAUUUUCUGGAGUGCUGCUUUUUCCAGAUAUUCCUGAGCUUAAUAGAACGAGUUACUUUUUCAACAAUGAAAUGAUGGGGAUUGAAAUGGGAGUAAACAUAUCUAACCUCUCUGAAUCCAUUGACAUUCACUUCAGUAAUGUGAACACGACUGGAUUCAAUGUUUCUUGCGUAUCAUGGGAUGGGAGAAGUAAAGAUGGUGAUAAAGCCAAGUGGAUCACAGAUGGCUGCCUAACAAAUGAGGCAAAUGGCAGCAUCACGUGCCAGUGCUCUCAUCUUACAUUUUUUGCCAUUCUCAUGUCAGGUGCUGAGGAGAUCAGCUCCUCUGACUUAAAAACCCUGACCCAAAUCACAAAAGCUGGCUGUGGUAUCUCCUUGUUCUUCCUGGGUGUGGCUCUCUUCAUGCAUUUUCUGAUAAGGAAAACUAAAGCCAGCCAAGUUGUAAAGAUCCUCAUGAAUCUUUUCAUAGCCCUUUUUCUCCUGAACCUUUGCUUCUUGGUAAAUGAGUCAAUUGCUAAACUGAAGAUCUUAGCAGCUUGUGUGGCGAUGGCAUCAGUUCUGCACUACAGUUUGCUGGCCACAUUCACAUGGUUUUUCAUGCAGGCUUUGCAUUUGUACUUCUCCAUGUUCAAAAUCCCUACAGACACCAAAUAUUACAUGUACAAGAUUUGCAUCACAGGAUGGGUUAUUCCAGUUGUGGUGGUUGUCGGACUUCUUGCUUCAAGCAAAUAUGGUUACAUUGACAUUUCUGAUGAUAAUGGAACAUCAGUAACUAUGUGCUGGAUUCCUGAUUCUACAAUCUCCUUAGGUGUAAACACUGGUUAUUAUGGCAUUGUGUUCAUCUUCACUUUAACCAUAUUUGUGGUAAUUGUAGUGCAGAUCAAACACUUUGCAUCUAAAGAAGCAAAAGCCCAGAAACCUACCAAGAAAAGGUUUUUCUCUCUUCUGGGUCUUUUCUGCCUUUUGGGCAUCACCUGGGGAUUCGCUUUUUUUAGCUAUGGCCCUCUGCUCCUUCCCUCCUUCUACAUCUUCACCAUCCUUAACUCCUUUCAAGGUUUCUUCCUGUUUGUUUACUACUACUUCUCCAGCAGGAUCCUUCCAGAGGACAGCACGCAAUCCAAGAGCACAAACCUUGCCACACAGAAUGUGCACACAUCUCCUUAUCGAUAAGGCACUCGUUAUUUCCUCCCUUUCCCCUAUUUGGUUUCACCAAAAAUAACUUUAAUUUACCUAUGUUCAAUAAUUAUAGUGUGUUGACAACUUGGACAGUACAUGUAUUUAAUCAUAUUCCCAAAUGAUCUUCUAAGUCUUUGCUUGUGGAGCUUUGUUAUCAAGGCACCAUUUCAAUGUCUGAUAUAAGAGACACCAUGUUUGGAAGCUGUAUGGACACCAGAGGACAGCAUUUCAUUUCUGAGGUUGCUAAACUGGUCUAAACAGUUUCCGCUCUCUGUUGGACUCUUUACACAGUGUAAAAAUAGCGACUGUUUCCUGUAAGGCAGUUCUUAGUUGCUUCUGAGAUGAAAUUAGGGUUUUCUUUCUUGGGAUACACUCCUGGAACUUGUCAGUUUGGAGCCCUGUCUUACAUUGUACGUGAAACCUCAAAGCUUCAGUAGAAUGUAAAGUGUGACUGAUUAGUAAGUUAAAUGUGACCUUUUUACAACUGGCUUAAAGAUGCUAGGGUGCAAAAAGGGAAUCAAGUUUAAGGUGAGUGCACAGUGUCAUUGACCAACCUCAAAUCAGUUUGUUGCAUGACUGCAAAUAAUUAACUUGACACAGAAUCCUCUGGACCCACAAGCUUUUUUACUCUGUAGCAUUAACUCCCUGUGUGCUUUUACAACACACUCAUGCCCCUUAAGUUUUUUUGUUUUGUUUUUUGGUGGUUUCAGGAACCACCAGACAGGGGAAAAAAAAGGUGCCAUGACCAUUUUUGUGAGAGAUGCCUGGUCAUCCUACAACGGAACAAUAUGGUUUUCUUGACAUGACUUAAGACAUACUAAUGUGUGUGGGGGUUGCGUAACUAGCUAUAACGGCUAAGAGAUGCUGUCCAAUCCAGCGAUCGAUCAGGAUCGCUGGAAGUUGUAAGCCACACUCUUUUGGUUCCGUAAUUCCAGAUAUCUGCUCUGAAAGCUCCCAAGGCUCAGGAUCUCAGUGGAGCGGAUGAACUUGCACAAUGUGAAAUGACGAAGGGAUAUACGAUAGGAGAGUUUGGGUUGGUGCAUGACCACUUGCAUACAUUUUAGCCCACCUGUUUACUUCCUAUGUUUUGUUGCCUGUAUGGAUUUGUAGAUUUGAAUUUCAAUUUUUAUUACACACUAUUUGUAUAGACCAGUAGUGUGAAUGUAAUGUUUGACAGAAGACAAUGUAAAUUAAUGGGCUGCAUUUUGUCUGUAUCUGUGUUUUCAGUUUCACCCUGUCUAAGCAACUAAAUGGAUAAAAAUAACAUUCCUGCUCUCAGCUACUGAUUGGAUAUAGGUGUUAUCAUACAUAUGUAUAAAUAAAGACGAAAGUCAAACUUGUGAAGAGAAAAAUCUCAGCAGACCAUCGGCUGGUAAUAUGAGUUAAGUCUUAUAGCAUUCAUUUGAUCAGGGCACAUAGGUUUUGUGUAGUCAGUUGGAUACCAGUGCUUCAGACUGCAAA